GUUGUCCUUCGCAGGAGACAGAUGGAUAUAAAGCGGUUUCUCGACAACGACCUGAACUGUUUCCCACGGACCUGUGGACAUUUGAAGGCGUAUAUUUGACUGAAAGUAGUUAAACAAUUCUUUUGUCUUGUAAGACCUUUUCAAAUGAUUUUUUUACACCUGUCUGCAGAAGGAGACAUAUCGCUGAACGGGACUUCAAUGAUCGAAAGAAGAAUACCUCUCCGGGGUCGCUGUCAGAUGCUGAUCGCCAGUCUAUCACAAGGGUAACAGAGACAAACUAGUAUUGACACACUCACACCUACCAUCAAUUUAGAAUCACCAAUUAGCGUCAGCAGAGAAACCGGGGAAAAACGCAAACACAAGGAGAAAACGCAAACUCCACCCAGAAAGGCCCGAGACGGACUGGAACCAUGAACUACUCGCAGGGAGGCAGCAAUAGUAUGUAUCGGCAUUCGAAGCAGGACAACAAGCUGAGAAGAAAGAGAAACGAUGAAGUUCAGUACCACGGCUUGAUGAACCAAGGAUCAACAUGUUACUUGAACAGUGUGCUGCAGGUGCUGUUCAUGACCAAAGACUUCAGAGAAGCAGUGAAAAGGAAAAAUGACGAAAGCACUGAGUUUAUAAAUCGUCAUCUUCAGAAACUGUUUGAGGUCCUUGAACAACGUACAGCAGACACAGAUGAAGUAAGGCUGAAGCUGGGCAUUUACAGAGUGUAUGAACAACAGGAUGCUGCUGUGUACUUUGAGAAGAUUUUAAGACUCACUGAUCCUGAGGCAUCAAAGAUCUUUAAUGGAAAGUUGGCAUACAAGACCAACUGUGCUGGUUGUGACAACAGCACUGAGAGAGAUGGGCCAUUUUGGCAUCUUCCUCUUGCAUUGGUGGAUUCUGGCAGAAAAACCUACAGUGUGGUGGACGGCAUCAAAGAUUAUUUCAAGGCUUCAUGUCUCAGUAAAGAAAACCAGCUGUACUGUGACGCCUGUGAAGACAAAAAGGAUGCUACUACUACACCUGUGAUAAAGCAUCAUCCAGAUGUUCUGGUGUUGCUACUGAAGAGGUUUAAGUAUGACACCUACUACAAGUCAUAUCUGAAAAUCAACUGUGCUGUGGAUGUUCCCUACAGCCUACAGAUACCAGAGAAUCAGACAUAUGAACUGUAUGCUGUUGUGGAUCAUGUUGGUGAUCUGAGAAGUGGACAUUACACUGCAACAAUCAAAGAAGACCAUGGAGACAGUUGGUACGAGUUCAAUGAUAGCUGGGUCUCACUGUGUUAUAAACAGCCAUUCAAGAGGGACACCAUUGAGAGAUCCCAGAGGGCUUAUCUUCUAUUUUACAGAAAGGAGAAAAAUGCUGAUGCUCAAAAUAGUCAGGAGGUGCACCCUAGUGAAGUCCAAGCCACUAUUAGUGACAACAAUGACCAGGAUGAAGAUGCUGAAACGAUCAGAGAUAGAGACAAGAGUAAUGAUGCUGCAGAAGAUGGUAACACCACUGGAGCAUCUGUUUCCAUCGACAGAGCAGAAGAAACAGAGCAGAACCGUGCAGUUCCUAAAGGAGCGUCAUCUCAGGGCUACAGAGAUGUUGAGGGUCCAGGAAAUGAUGUUUCCGAGAGACAGACUGACGGUCCUCAGGAGUGUAAUGCAGGAAAUUAUGAUCACUAUAACAAAACAGAUGACAAACAAGUGAGGAAUAAGGGAAAGAAGGAUCAAACAGAAAGCCGUGACGAUGAGAUGACUUAUUUGCAGAUUAACCCAAUGGAUAAUAAUGGGUCAGAUAGAAACACCCAAACCAGUGAAGUCUGUGGAAGUAAAACUUGUUGUUGUUGACAUUGUUGUUCUUCUUCUUUUGUUUUGUUUUUCCUUGUUGUUUUGUGUCUGAAUUGUUUUAUUCUGUUCCUUGAACCAGUCAAAUGGUUUUUGGUCUGUUGGUCUGUUUUGACUGUGGGGUCGCUCGUUGGUUAUGGAGUUCGGCGGAGCGGUUGUUGUGUCCGGUGCCGUGUUCCUGCUAACAACUGCUAACACCGUCCAUGUCCCUGGAGCUGCCUGGAGUGAGGCCUGAGAUUCUAGCUAAACGUCCGUAGAAGUGCUUUGGAUGCCAGGCUGGAGUUGGAGGUGGAGGAGUGGACAAGGAGGUGGUGCCAUCUGUCCUCAAGGGGAUCGUGAGGUCUGGCAGCAGGAUCGAUGGACUAUGUGCGCUUGAUGGGACCCAGAGGGAGUGUGUCAGGAGAAGAGCUUUGGAAACCUGGUUCAUAGGACCACGGUGCGUCUGUGUCCGGCUACAGACUUUAGGGGCGGACACACUCCGUUGACGUCUACAUCCCUUAGUGGACCAUGACAAUUUAUUUUACUUUAAUCUAAUCUCAUUCUAUUUUAUCUUUCUUGUGUUUACUUUUAUAUGCAACACAGUUACAGUGACAAAGUAAUUUCCCUCGUGGACCAUAAAGUCUGUCUAAGUAUAAGUGUAAGUCUAAGUCUAUAUCAAAAUGACGUGUCAGAAGAUAGGCAGAAAAGAAGCAGCAUGUCAAAUACAGAAAACAAGCAACAGACAGGAGACAAAAAAACAAAAGAGAAGAAAUUACCAUGCAAGAGGAGAGAAGUCUGCAUUAAAAUAUGUCGAUGAUGAAGUUAUAUUGGAGCAAAACUAAGUAAGAUGUAGUCAGAAUAUCAACAAAGAAAGUGAACAGAAGACACACCAUGAUAAGUGUAAAGAUAGCCUUGAGACAAAGAAGACAAAGACAAAAACAGUGAAGGAAACCCAACACUGCAGCAAGAACAGUUGCAGCCAUGAAGCAAAAGUGGAGAGAAAAUCUGAUCCAAACAUGGAUAGUUAAAUUUAAGUUUUCAGUAAGUUAAACCUGAAUUAGCCCAUUUUGCCACAGAAACAGAAAGGAGGAAAUGACUUUGGAAAUGAAGGAAAAGAGAGAGAGGCAGACGCUGGAAAUUCUGGUGUAGUGGUGAACAGCACUGAGGAGGAAGAAAUGGAAAAAAAAAUUUUGGUUUUGUUUCAGUUCAAGGAAUACAGGUAAAUGAAUGUGUAUAAUGUGUUCUACUACUAUUUUUCUUCAAAUUAUUCAAAUUGUUCAGAGACACAUUAAUAGAUGGCACACAAUGUAACAAGGUUUCAGACAAGAAGCUGGGUGAAUUGGUAAUUCAUUUCAAAUGAAUAUCAACAAAUGUUUAUCUCCUUUGUUGUCUGGAUGUUAAUUAUGGUUUUAAAUUAAUUAGGCUUUUGGUGUUGUUGGUUUACUGUAACAAUGUCCUACACGUGUAAAUUAUUGUCAUCAUGUUUAUGAUUUUGAACUACUGUGUCAUCAUUUAUCUUUGUCUGACCUAAAGAAUCUUGAUUUUUGUUUGCAAAAGUUCGUAGAUAUGAUUAAUCAUUUUUCAAGCUAAUGUUAAGGAUGGGAUUCUGUGGCCUUUCACACAUAUAAACCAUCUUUCGUGCUGUGCCCAUUGACAGCCGUAUAAGCACUAGUUUUUAAUUCAUUAUGGACAGACCAUGUUGACAGUGUGCUUUUGAAUAUAUCUGCAGCAGAUUACGGGUUAGAAUAUAUUCCAGUAAAAUGUCAUUUUACAGUAGUAUGUACAAUGUUUAUGUACAAACAACAAUAUUAAACAUAAAUAAAAUGGUAAGCUGAUUUAUGUGGGGAAAAGUUGUGGAGUUGUGUGAUGUCUGAGCUACUAUUUAUCAUACUAUAUAUAAUAGAACAUGGCCAAGCUGGUAAGAAAAAUAAGGAAUGUAAUGGUCAUAAGAGCUCACUAUCGUUAUACUUUAUAUAUUAUAAAACUUACUGUGUCUGUGUUUUAUUUAUUCAUUUAUUUUUUAUUAACUCGUCAGGGCUCCCUCAGGAUUAACAAGGUUGCAUCAACAACAAAAUUGACCAUUCCAAUAUUGGAGAAGUGAUCUGUGCUUCAAAGGCUGUGGUUCAUCUUCUAAGACCAUGACUGUGAAGGAUGGACUCAGCAGGUGCGUCAUCCAGGAGAAGAACAGCUACAGUUAAACGAGGACAUUGUGUCCAGAUUUCUUUUGUCUGUUGAUGCCUCCAGAUAACUUCAUGAGCAAUGAUUGUGUUAUUAUGUGCACAGACUGAGUCAUGUGACUGAGUGUUUCAACAGAGACUUGAACAACUGCAGCCUUGAUUACACAGCCAUUUUUUAUGAACUGAAACCCAAUGAGUAUUCUGGAAAUAAAGCAUGUUCUGUCACCUGA